AUGCGUACACAGUGCAUUGUGCUGCUGGUCCUCAUACUUUGCUAUGCGGGGACCAACACUGCCGAGGCCCUACCGCACGCUGACAAGGUCGAGAUCUCUUCUAUGCCAAACAGGCAUCUCCGAUCGCAUGAGCCUGUAGCUGACGAAGAGAGAGGGGGUCAUGGGCUGUGGGUGUCGAGACUUGCUGAGUUGGACCAAAGCUUGUGGAAGUUGCAGAAGCUGGGCAUGGCUGGCGGGGUGAAAGUCUGGCUGCAUUUUGGUAAGGACCUGGUGUACAUGUUCAACUAUAUGCACAAAUUCAACACGUGGCAAAAGGUCGGCUACAGCAAGCGGGCGCUCAUCUGGUUCAGAUUUACCAAGGCGUUCAGGGCCAAGAAUGGAGCUGAUAGCUUCACCGAUUACCAGAUUUACAAGCUGCUGAGCCGUGAAGUUCCGGACGAAAAGCUGGCUCUCGUCUUCGAGUCGCUUAAGCAAAUUGACGACUUGAAGAGUCUAGGCGAGACGAUGCAGAAGUAUCAGUUCAUGCUGUGGAUCGACGAUGGAGCAAGCCCAGCCAGUAUCCGAAAACUGCUUGGAAUGAGACCCAGUUCGGCCGUGACGUCCGAGCGCGGUCCAAGGGACGACAUUAUCGACGCGUUUACGAAGCUGUAUAACAAUUGA